AGAUACAGUACCAAAAAAAAUGACUUAAGUAAUACUUUCAAGUAUUUUUACUUAAGUACUUUACACCACUGGUCUGGAGUUACUGUCAGUGGAUACAGGGAGGAACCCGAAUAUGAAUACAUCAUCAGCAAAACUUAAAAAGUAGAAAUAAUACGAGUUUCAUAAAGUGAUCUAAGACAAGCACCCAGGGCAGACAGUGGGGAGGGGGCAGACAGAAGUAGGGAAUUCGUAAUGCAGUUUGGAUCUAGUCUGACUCUGAGCUGAUGAACAACUCUGUUGCUCUAUCACUGAUGUGCCAGAGAAGCGGUUGGUGAGCUGAAUUAGUUGAAUGAGUCUUACCUUGCUCCUACUGACCUGUGAGCCAUACAUUGUUAAUGAGCAGUAGGGCUACAUCUCAGUGUCAUUAAGUGUUUGACUUGGACUGAAAUAGGUGCCGGUACUGGUGUUGGGUGCCGGUACUGUUUAUAUUUAGGUGCAGGAGCUCCACAAUACUUUUGAGCAAAUUAUUCUAUGAAGAACAAGAGCUCAAGCAUUAGAACAUUUGAGGUGCCAGAGUACUGGUGAGCUCCUGUCUAAAUCAAGCACUGAGCGUCAAUAUUGUUUCACCUUUAUGUAAACUCAUAGGCUAUUUCCUAACAAAUAAUAGGUAAAUGUUACUGUUUGUGUUUGGGCCUAUAUCUAUUUACUAUUCUUUGAAACCAUACAUUUAUUCAAGUUAAAUAGCUUCUCACAAGUGGGCAAGGCAUGAAAUAGAUAGCCUAGGGCUCGGCUAUAGGCUAAAAUACCAUGCACAGCAGGUGGAUUACCUCAUUGCCGCGGGGGGUGAUGGUAAACGACAAUUCAGCUCACUCAUAUCGCCAUCAACACUCAGAGAGAAUGCUGCGCUGGAUGGCGGACAAAUUCAACCAUGGUUAGAUGGUUUGCGACCAUCAGAUCUGCAAUUUGUGCAUUCCGGUCGAUGAGUGCAGCCUACGAAGUAAGUUCUGUUAAUCUCGCACCUGAAAAUAGACAAUUACAGCCUAUUAUAAAUGACUUUCGUAUGACAAAAUCAGUUAGGCCUAGCCUAAAUAGUUAUUUUGUCAUUCCUAAAAGGAAUGUCCCUCUAGCCUAGACUGUAGUGGUAUAACCAAGAGAAAUACCUUCAUAAUUGUAUCAUCACCAUUAUUAUCUAUACCACUAUUCAUGCCAACACCUUGUUAUUUCAUAAAGAGCUAUACACACUUCUGUGAGAGAGAAAAAAUCAUAAAAGUGUAACUCUUGUAGGCGACAGAGAGUUAAAAUACAGAAGAGGUUAUCCGAGGUUCAAUAUGCUGUGUCGUUGUGUCAGGGAUUUUCUAAAUCCUCCUGAAGCAAGAAGCUAAACCUACUUUAGCUUAUCCAGCCGGCCGACUGAUUUGAGUAGCCUAUCAACAAAACGUCUCAGAUACAGUAUUUCUGUGCGUGUUUUGCAAUUGUGACCCUUUUCAUAAUUUACCAAUCUGACGUUAGGUGGCAGUACUGUCGCUUGCAUAGACAUCCUUCUGAAAUCUGCUAUGUGAGUUAUAAAAUGUAAACUUCUAGGAGCAAAUAAUUCACACCAACUAUUUGGAUAGCUUCAUCAGAGUGAAUAUUUACUUUAUAUAAUGUAAAGUGAUAAAAUGCAUUUAACUCAUCAUAUAAUGCAUUUUUGCAGCGUUUAGGGAUGGCCACAACAUGGCAGAAAAUCCAACUGUUCUACCAAGGGGUGCUAGAUAAUGGAGACAAAAGAACUGACAGCUGGUUGCUGGUGUACUCACCUGUGCCAAUCACUUGCAUCUUUCUGUGCUACCUGGUCCUCAUAUGGGUGGGCCCCAAGCUGAUGGCUCAGAGACAGCCAGUCAACCUCAAGCCUGUGCUCAUCAUUUACAACUUUGCUAUGGUCUGCCUGUCUGCCUACAUGUUCUAUGAGUUCACAGCGUCAUCCUGGUUGGCAAAUUAUAGUAUAUUAUGUCAGCCUGUGGACUACAACACCAGCCCACUGGCAAUGCGGAUGGCCACGGUCUGCUGGUGGUUCUUCUUCUCCAAAGUCAUCGAGCUCAGUGACACUCUUUUCUUCAUCCUGAGGAAGAAGAACAGUCAGCUGACGUUCCUGCAUGUCUACCACCACGGCACCAUGAUCUUCAACUGGUGGGCUGGGGUCAAAUACGUGGCAGGAGGCCAGUCCUUCCUUAUAGGCCUUAUCAACUCAUUGGUGCAUGUGGUGAUGUAUCUAUACUAUGGGCUGGCAGCGCUGGGGCCUCACAUGCAGCAGUAUCUGUGGUGGAAGCGCUACCUCACCUCCCUGCAGCUGCUCCAGUUUUUCAUAGUGACCAUCCACACCAGCUACAACCUGUUCACUGACUGCGACUUCCCAGACUCCAUGAAUGCUGUGGUGUUUGCCUACUCCCUCAGCCUCAUCGUACUCUUCAGAAACUUCUACUAUCAGAGCUACCUCACCAAGAAGAGCAAACAGACAUGAGACACGGAUGUAGAGGCAAUUAUUACUUAUUUUAUUAAAUUGGUCAUGUAUGUUUUUUAAAUAUUUAUUGACCCAUCACGUUUAAGUAAAACAGGUCUCUAUCCGCUGGACAUAAGCUUCUGUUUGUUUCUGUUCCAGCCUCCCCUCCAACCAUUAGGGUAACACACACACACUCAGGGAGAGCUAGCCCUCUCCCAUUCCCUCCCAUCCCCCCUUAGGUCAUUAGGGAUGAAGUCCCAGCCACGCUCUGGCGACUCUGCCAAAUUGAAAUAAACCUGAGCAGGCCUCCUGCUCUUCACUCCACUUAUUUAUCUAAUCUCUCUCUGUGACACUUCAUUUGUCUUCGGAGUCAUUGGCUGAGAGGUUAGCCAAUCGCAAGUCAGCUGGCAGUCUAAAACCGCACCCUGUGCCCCUCCUACUCUCUCCCUCUCUGACUCUGUUCUGUGAGUCCCAAUAACUCAACUAGGUGAACCGAACAAGUGUGCUCGCAUACUCCCUUAGAAGACUUUUGCUUGAAAAGAAAAAAAAGUACUGUUGCAAUAGUACUGUUUGUCCACCUUGAGAUGCCGUAGCCAGUAUACACUUCCUCAAAUUAGUCAGAAUUAAUCUAAGAUAACUCAAAAAAUCUGUAAUUCAUUUAAAAGUUUUUCAUUUAGAAGUCGCUAAGAUGUUUGGUGCAGUAUUUCUCAAGGGAACUAUUUUUUGCAUGAAAACAAGUCGUCUAUCGUUGUGAAUGACAACAAACACUUGAAGAAUCCCUACUGCUGACCAAUGAGGCGUAGACUUCAGCUACCGAAAUUCUGCUUGCCUCAAUAAUUUUUUUGUUCUUAUGAACAGCCGAAAAACCUUUGCUAAAGAACAAAACGAACAAAAACGUCAAAAUGUCUUUAUAAUAUAUGCACAAACUGUUUCGGAUGGAAAGCCUGCAGACGCCUUUAGCUGAUCCUGUUUCCAGUGUCUAUUUGAACCAUUCAAGUGAGGAUGACUUUGAGGGGGUUUCCAUCUUAUGUCACUACUUUAUGACUUGUGAACAGUAAAGCCUAAUUUCAUUACUGAAACUGAUAAGCCUGUUUCCCUUCCUUCUUUGAAAGUCCUUAAAGUCGAGUGACAAUUAGUGUCUGUCCGUAUAGUGUCACCAGUGACUGACUGUUCUAGUUUUCCAUCCUGAGUGUGUAACUCUCGCUAUUCAUGGGUUCUGGAAAAUGACGUAGCUUGUAUUGCAGUGCAUGUGCUCAGUCUGUUGUGUUGAAUUGCAUGACAGCUGUCUUUUAAGAAAGCAGUUCAACAACAAUCACUAAGAGUUCAGUCAAGCAGGCACUGUGACGUCUUUGUGACUCGUGUCAUGACCAAGGACAGAGGGGCUUUAUGGCCCCAUGUAAAGUAGCCGGUUUGAAAUGUCUCUGGUACACUCUUAGCCAGCAGCAUACCACCCUGCAUCCCACUGCUGGCUUGCUUCUGAAGCUAAGCAGGGUUGGUCCUGAU